AUGGCGUUGCUGACAACACUACUGGCAAUUCUGGCUGGGACCUCUCUCUUCGUCGGCCUACUGCCAUACGCUGUCUGGUUUGUGGGACGUUUGGUUGGGACUUCGUUAUACAGCAAGACGCAGCAGCGGCGAGAGUUGUUGCUGAAUAGGGCAAAGAACGAUGCGAAAGAGCAGACAGAAAAGACUAGUGUCACGCAAUCUCAAAAGGCGUCUUCUUCAACAUCGCUGGACGAAGAGUGGGAGAAGGUCAACAAGACACCGCCGGGCUCACCACCACAAGGCAAAGCUAGCCAGUCUGUCGACGAGAGCUACAGUGGCAUCAUCGGCUUCUUCCACCCAUUCUGCAACGCCGGUGGUGGAGGGGAGAGGGUCCUCUUCGCAGCAAUCCUCGCAACCCAACAACGCUACCCAAACGCCCUAUGCGUAGUCUACACCGGCGACCACGAUGCCAGUAAAGAGCAGAUCCUCACCAACGUCCGCAAUCGCUUCAACAUUGAUCUCAAACCGGCACGCAUCAGCUUUCUCUAUCUGAGUACACGCGAAUAUGUACUCGCGAGCAGAUGGCCACAUUUUACUCUACUCGGCCAGUCUCUUGGGUCGUUGAUUAUGGGUUGGGAUGCCUUUGGUCUGCUUGUUCCGGAUAUCUUCAUCGAUACUAUGGGCUACGCUUUCACCAUAGCGUUGUGCAAGUGGCUUUUUCCAUGGAUGCCGACGGGCGCUUACGUUCAUUAUCCAACGAUCUCUACUGACAUGCUGAGCUCACUGCACGAUGAAGUUGGCAACCGUGGCUUGAACGCUGGCUUGGGCAAAGGUACCAAAGGCAAAGCGAAGCAAGUCUACUGGGAGCUGUUCGCCAGACUCUACUCCUGGGUCGGCGGCCAGGUCGACGUUGUAAUGACCAACUCCACCUGGACACAACGGCACAUCAGCUCGCUCUGGACUCGCUCCCGCACGAAAAGUGGCAAAACCCACGACAUCAGCGUCGUAUACCCUCCAUGCGCAGUCGCCGAGCUGCAGGAGAAGAUACCCGUCUCUUCCCCCCGCUCCAACACCCUCCUCUACAUUGCCCAAUUCCGUCCCGAGAAAAUGCACCACGUCAUUCUCGACGCCUUCGCCGCCCUGCUCAAACAGUGGACUCCAGCCCAAGGCUCCAAACCAAAACUUAUCCUCGUCGGCAGCGUCAGGGACGACGACGAUCAGAAGCGCGUGUACAAACUCCGGCUGCAAGCGCAGGAGAUUCGGGAGAACGUCGAGUUCGUUAUAAAUGCGAAAUGGCCGCAGAUUUUGGAAUUAUUGAAGUCGUGCAGUGUGGGUGUUAAUGGCAUGUGGAACGAGCAUUUUGGAAUUGGGGUGGUGGAGUACCAGGCGGCGGGGUUAAUCAGUGUGGUCAAUAACUCAGGGGGCCCGAGGGAGGAUAUCGUUGUGGACGUGGAUGGGAAGCCUACCGGCUUUCUCGCAUCAACCACCACCGAGUUCACUGACGGCUUCGCGAAAGCAUUGAGUCUUUCCACCGAAGAUGCACUAGCUAUGAGGCAUCGAGCUCGCAAAGGUUCGCUGCGAUUUUCAGAAUAUGUUUUCAGCACAGCAUGGACGACGCAGCUAGAGCGCUUGGUCGAAUUAGGUCGACGCAGUUGA